AUGGCUAAGUCCGGGGACCCGAAGAAGAGUUCGGGCAACCAUGUCUCGGGCCAAUCCAACCGGCCUCUUAGCCGCCCCGCACACGCAUUGUCCCACCAGCAGCUUGCCGAAGAGCUCGAUGCCGAUGUCCUCUCCGGCUUGACCAAGGAGGAGGCCAAGGUCCGCCUCGAACAGUAUGGCAAGAAUGAUCUGGGAGAGGAGGAGGGCGUCCAGCCUCUCAAGAUUAUCAUCGCUCAGGUCGCCAACGCCAUGACGCUGGUCCUUAUCCUCGCCAUGGCUGUCAGCUUCGGUAUCAGGUCUUGGAUCGAGGGUGGCGUCGUUGCUGCCGUCAUUAUGCUCAACAUUGUCGUCGGUUUCUUCCAGGAGUACUCGGCCGAGAAGACCAUGGACUCCCUGCGCUCCCUCAGCUCGCCCACUGCUAAUGUCGUUCGUGGCGGCGAGGCCAUGGUUGUGCCCUCUGGCGAGGUUGUUCCUGGCGAUCUGGUCGAGGUGAAGAUGGGUGAUACCAUCCCCGCCGACAUCAGGCUGGUCGAGGUAAAGAACUUUGAGACGGAUGAAGCAUUGCUUACUGGCGAGUCUCUUCCGGUCCGGAAGCGCGAGAAUGUCACCUUUGACGACGCCACCGGCCCCGGAGACCGGCUCAACGUCGCAUACAGCAGCUCGACCGUAACAAAGGGCCGUGCCAAGGGCAUCGUCUUCGCUACUGGCACUUUCACCGAGAUUGGCGCCAUCGCUUCGGCUCUUCACCAGAAGGACUCCAAAGUCCGACCUGUCAAGCGCAAGCCCAAUGGUCAUGCCGGCCCCCACCGCUACCUGGAGGCUUAUACGCUCACCCUCGGUGAUGCCAUCGGCCGCUUUUUGGGCGUCAGCGUCGGCACCCCUCUGCAACGAAAGCUCAGCAAGUUGGCCAUGCUCUUGUUUGGCAUCGCCGUCGUCUGCGCCAUCAUUGUCCUGGGUGCAAACCGUUUCCACACCUCGCAGGAAGUCAUCAUCUACGCUGUUGCCACCGGUCUCUCCAUGAUCCCCGCCUCUCUCGUCGUUGUGCUGACCAUUACCAUGGCCGCCGGCACCAAGCGCAUGGUGGAACGCAACGUCAUUGUCCGCAAUCUCAAGAGUCUCGAAGCCCUCGGCGCCGUGACAGAUAUUUGCAGCGACAAGACCGGAACUCUGACUCAGGGCAAGAUGGUUGCGAGGGGCGCUUGGGUCCCCGGUUUGGGCACGUACACGGUUGAAUUGACCUCGAACGAGCCCUUCAAUCCGACCAAGGGUGAUAUCCGCUUCGAUACCCGGGAACCUCACGAGAUCAACUUCCGGCCGAAGGCAGGGAGCGAGAAGGAUGACGUUGGAACAGGAUCCGUCGUAGCCUCGGAGCAGCUGCUCGCUGAUAGCAAGUCCCGUCUUCAAGAGUUCCUCACCGUCGCGUCCCUCGCCAAUGUCGCUACCGUCUUUGAGAAAGAAGGCGAGUGGCAUGCCCGCGGAGACCCGACCGAAAUUGCCAUCCAGGUGUUCGCCAGCCGCUUCGGCAAGAACAGACUUAGCAUUGUUGGAGGCGAGAAGCCCGAGUGGACUGAAGUCGCAGAGUUCCCCUUUGAUAGUGACGUUAAGCGUAUGAGUGUUAUCAUGAAGCACAACGCCACGGACGAGCACUUUGCCUUCACCAAGGGUGCCGUUGAGCGGGUCAUCCGCGUGUGCACUCGAUAUUGCACUGCCGAUUUGCCCGCCGGUGAGAAGGCAGAAGCCGAGAUGACGGACGAAUACCGCAACCAUAUCCUCACCAAUAUGGAGGUGUUUGCCGGGCUCGGUCUACGUGUGCUUGCCCUGGCCAGCCGCAAGCUCAAUGCCGACGUUCAAGCAACCGAGGACACCAACCGCGACGAAAUUGAGCAGGAUUUGACCUUCCUCGGCCUUGUGGGUCUCUACGAUCCGCCCCGUCCUGAAUCGGCGCCAGCGGUCCGACAGUGCCACGAAGCGGGUAUUUCCGUGCACAUGCUUACUGGCGACCACCCCGAAACCGCCAAGGCCAUCGCCAUUGAGGUCGGCAUCCUCCCUAAGCGCAUGGAGCAGGUCAGCGCCGAGAUCGCGAAAGCCAUGGUUAUGACCGCCACACAGUUCGAUGCUCUUGACGAUGCGCAAGUUGACGCGCUUCCAGUCCUGCCCCUUGUUAUCGCUCGAUGUGCGCCAAGCACCAAGGUCCGCAUGAUUGACGCUCUGCACCGCCGCGGGAAGUUCUGCGCCAUGACUGGCGACGGCGUUAACGAUUCCCCGUCCCUCCGCCGGGCUGAUGUCGGGAUUGCCAUGGGUCAGGCUGGCUCCGACGUGGCCAAGGACGCUUCAGACAUUGUGCUCACCGACGACAAUUUUGCCUCGAUCGUCGCUGCUAUCGAAGAAGGCCGCCGCAUCUUUGACAACAUCCAGAAAUUCGUGCUGCACGUGUUGGCUGAAAACAUUGCCCAGGCCGGCACCCUCCUCAUUGGUCUCGCCUUCAAAGACUCUUCAGCCUUGUCGGUAUUCCCGCUUGCGCCCGUGGAGAUUGUCUGGAUUAUCAUGGUCACUUCGGGUCUUCCGGACAUGGGUCUUGGAUUUGAGCGCGCUGUCCCCGAUAUCAUGCGUCGGCCACCGCAGUCCCUGAAGACAGGCAUCUUCACGCUCGAGUUCCUCGUUGACAUGGUCGUCUACGGUCUCUGGAUCACCGCCCUGUGCCUGGCAUCGUUCGUCCUUCGUGUCUAUGCGUGGGGCGGCGGCAACCUCGGCGAGCGGUGCAAUGACUCUUACAGCGAAAGCUGCGAGACCGUGUUCCGCGCGCGUGCGACCACAUUCGCUUGCCUGACAUGGUUUGCCCUGUUCCUCGCCUGGGAGCUUGUCGACAUGCGCAGAUCCUUCUUCCGCAUGCAGCCCGGCAGCAAGAAGUACUUCACCCAAUGGUUCUACGAUGUGUGGCGCAACAAGUUCUUGUUCUGGGCCAUCCUGCUCGGCUUCGUCACCCUGUUCCCCACGCUGUAUAUCCCGGUCAUCAACCACGCCGUCUUCAAGCAUACCGGCAUCAGCUGGGAAUGGGGCAUUGUGUUUCUUGCGGCUGCCCUGUUCUUUGCGGGCAUUGAGGGCUGGAAGUGGGGGAAGAGGAUUUACUUCCGUCGCCAGGCGCGUAAAGUCACGGGCCGUCAGUGGAAAGAUAUGGAUAUUGAGGAGCGCGUGUUUGGCGAGUACUUGAGCGGCUAUGAGAGCGCCGAGAGCGGGUCGGGUGCUAACGGAAGAGAUUGGUAA